CCUCUUUCGGCAGUCAAUCGGUGCGGUUGCAUUUUUAGUCAGUCUAUUGCCUCGUCGCCUCCUACCAAUAACCAAGUGUGGGUUAAAAAUUUUUCAACUUGAAUUGCAAAGUUUCAAUUCAAUUUUCUUAAACAAUUUUCAUCGUUUGUUGUUAAAUAAAACAAAAAGCUUACAAAAUGUGUGACGAAGAAGUUGCUGCAUUGGUUGUCGACAAUGGCUCCGGCAUGUGCAAGGCUGGCUUCGCUGGCGAUGAUGCGCCCCGCGCUGUCUUCCCAUCGAUUGUGGGCCGUCCACGUCAUCAGGGCGUGAUGGUCGGUAUGGGCCAAAAGGACUCGUAUGUGGGUGAUGAGGCACAGAGCAAACGUGGUAUCCUCACCCUGAAGUAUCCCAUUGAGCACGGUAUUGUGACCAACUGGGAUGAUAUGGAGAAAAUCUGGCAUCACACCUUCUACAAUGAGCUGCGUGUUGCGCCCGAGGAGCACCCAGUGCUGUUGACCGAAGCACCCCUCAACCCCAAGGCCAAUCGCGAGAAGAUGACACAGAUCAUGUUUGAGACCUUCAACACACCCGCCAUGUAUGUGGCCAUCCAGGCUGUGCUCUCUCUGUAUGCCUCUGGUCGUACCACUGGUAUUGUGUUGGACUCUGGCGAUGGUGUCUCCCACACUGUGCCCAUCUAUGAGGGUUAUGCAUUGCCCCAUGCCAUUCUGCGUCUGGAUUUGGCCGGUCGCGAUCUGACCGAUUACCUGAUGAAGAUCCUCACGGAGCGUGGCUACUCUUUCACCACCACUGCCGAGCGUGAAAUUGUGCGUGACAUCAAGGAGAAGCUCUGCUAUGUGGCUCUUGAUUUCGAGCAGGAGAUGGCAACCGCUGCCUCCAGCUCCUCCCUGGAGAAGUCGUAUGAGCUGCCCGACGGACAGGUCAUUACCAUCGGCAAUGAGCGUUUCCGUUGCCCAGAGGCACUCUUCCAGCCCUCGUUCCUGGGUAUGGAGGCAUGCGGCAUUCAUGAGACCACCUACAAUUCGAUCAUGAAGUGCGAUGUCGAUAUCCGUAAGGAUCUGUAUGCCAACACAGUUCUGUCCGGUGGCACCACCAUGUACCCUGGCAUUGCCGAUCGCAUGCAGAAGGAGAUCACCGCCUUGGCCCCAUCCACCAUGAAGAUCAAGAUCAUUGCACCACCAGAGCGCAAAUACUCUGUAUGGAUCGGUGGCUCCAUUUUGGCAUCGCUCUCCACCUUCCAGCAGAUGUGGAUCUCCAAGCAGGAAUACGACGAGUCUGGCCCAUCCAUUGUGCACCGCAAGUGCUUCUAAGCUGCAACCACCAGCAACGGGAGCAAGUGGAGUGGCAACAACAACAACAACAACAGCAACAGCAAACGGGAGCUGCGCAAUGUUAUCCACACAUCAUCAUCGUCGUCGUCGUCAUGUUGUGUUCUAGCAUUAAUUUAAUUUAUUUCACAUGAGAUAUAUGAUAUAAAUGCAUAAUA